AUGAUAAUCAGCAUCAUCGAUUCUGUUCUUCUCUUCAGUCCUAUGGGCAGUAGCAAUCAUCCGGUUUGUAUUUGGGUGGCAUUGAGGGAUCCAACAUUAGCUGUUAGGGAAAGGGCAGUAGAGGCAUUGCGUGCUUUCCUUCGUGUUAUUGAAAAAAGAGAGACACGUUGGCGUGUGCAAUGGUAUUAUCGUAUGUUUGAGGCUACACAAGAUGGAUUAGGGAAGAAUGCUUUUGUACAUAGCAUACACGGUUCUCUUCUUGCAGUUGGUGAACUUUUGAGGUGUUUAAUAAUAGUCCAGAUGAAACUGCUUAUUUCCAGAUGAUGUUAAAUAG